AUGCCGAGAGGAGAAACCAUUUGCGAAGAUGCAGGGGAAGAGAACUACAAAAAUAGGGAUGCGAAGAACAAAGCAUUUGAAGAAGUAGCGGAAAUAGUAGUUCCGGAUUUUGAAAAUUUUGCGGAAGCAAAAAAGAAUGAAGCUUUGAAAAUUGUUGUACAGAGGUGGAGAACAGCUCGUGAUGCAUACCGAAGAGAUCGUAAUAAAGUAUAUAAAACCAAAUCUGGACAAGCUGCAAAAGGCAUAAAGAAAUAUGUAUAUUUCGAAAAUUUAAGGUUUCUCGAUAGCGUUUUAGAUAUAAAUAAUACAGAAACAAGCCUUCACAAUAGCAUUGAGGACGAUGAAAUUAGAACUACACAUGAUAAUAGUGACUUAUCAGAAGACGAACCACAUACUCAAGAAAAUAUUGUAGAAGAACCUGAUGCUAAUGCACCUGAAACACGAAAAAGGUUUGAAAGAAAGAAGCGGCGACAGGACGACAUAUUGGGUGAAAAAAUGAUUUCAUUGCUAGAGAAAAGUAAUGAGAAAGCAACGGAAGAAGAAGAUGCUGACAGAUCAUUUUUAAUUUCACUAUUGCCAACUUUAAAAGGUUUUGAUGAGGAUAAGAAGCUGCAGUUUCAUUUGGCUUUAGCUAUACCGCUAGCUCCACCGGCCAUUGCGCCCGCAGCCGAAAGACCGGCAAAGAGCGGUCCUAGGAACGGAAGAAAACCUCCGACUUUAGGUAUUGGUAUCACUCGCGGCACUCUCACUCUUUGCUUACCGCCUGCAACUUUAACCGAUUUCUUGGCGGCCAACAAACUUAUUUUGAUAAGUUUAUUCAAGUUUGCCGAUGAUGAUGAUAGGCCUUUUAUUGAAUUUCGAAUUGGCGUUAAAACUCCGCCUCUAAACGAACAAGUCUUCUUCUUUUUCCCGCGCUUUGCGAUACGCCGUGUUGCUCCCAUGACAAGCUUCCUUUUGGCCUUCAUUGCUCCAGCUACGGCUAAUGCUGCAGAUUUCUCUCCAAAACUAGCGUCCUUUGCCUUUACACGAUCCCAAGCUCGAAUUUGA